UGAUUAAAUCAUGUCUCUUCUCCGGAGGCCUUGGGUGCUCGUCGUUGGACUUUUAUUGAUUAUGAGCUAUGUUGGAGCAGAAUGUGAAGAAGAAGAAAAAGAAUAUCCAUCUAGAUAUCCAAUUGCUUAUUUUGAAUGGGAGAAUGUCAAGAUUCCAAUGACUAUUUGUUUAUGGUUGAUUGGAGCAUCGAUUGCGAAAAUUAUUUUCAACUUGAUUCCACAUCUCAAUGAACUUUUCCCGGAUUCCGCGUUACUCAUCAUGAUUGGUUUAAUUAUUGGAAUCAUUUUCAAAUUGAUCGGAGUCAAUAAAAAUGCAUUUUUCCUGGAAAGUGAAGUAUUCAUGCUUUAUCUACUUCCGCCACUUGUUUUUGAUGCCGGAUACUUUAUGCCUGCAAGACAGUUUUUCGAUAAUUUUGGAUCAAUUCUUUGUUUUGCAAUGAUUGGAACUUCAUUCAAUAUUGUCGCAAUUGCUCUCUCCUUAUGGGCCAUCAGUUUGACUGGAUUAUUCUCAGUUGAAACUCCACUUAUGCAUAUGCUUCUCUUCGGUUCAGUUGCUGCUGAUGUAGAUCCAGUUGCUGUAAUUGUCAUUUUCGAGGAAUUGAAAGUCAACGAAGUUCUUUUUAUUGCCGUGUUCGGAGAAUCUCUAUUGAACGACGGAGUUGCUGUUGUACUUUAUCGAAUGUUCUUGACCUUCUCUGAAAUUGGAACUGAGAAUCUGAUAACAUCUGAUUAUAUCAAUGGAGGUGUUUCUUUCCUGGUUGUUGCAUUUGGUGGAAUUGGAAUUGGUCUUCUUUUUGCAUUUUUGACAAGUCUUGUUACAAGAUUUGCUAGAGAUGAAGAGGUCAAAGUGCUCAAUUCUGUAUUUAUUCUCAUUCUUCCGUACACUUGUUAUCUUUGUGGAGAACUUUUCGGUCUUUCAAGUAUUAUGGCAAUUGUAUUUUGUGGUGCUGCCAUGCGUCAGUACUGCCGUGAAAAUGUGGACCCAGACACGGUAAAAGCCACAGAAUCAUUCAUCAAAGUGCUUUCUCUUGCAUCGGAAACAGUUAUCUUUGUCUUUUUGGGACUCUCAACAGUAUCCUCAAACCAUCACUGGGACACAUCUUUCAUCGUUCUUACUGUAGUUUUCUGCUUGAUCUACCGUACCCUUGGAGUUGUUGUUAUGUGCUAUUUCUUGAAUAAGUAUCGUCUGAAUAAGUACACAAAGGUAGACCAAUUUAUCAUGGCUUAUGGAGGUCUUCGUGGUGCCAUUGCAUACGGUCUUGUCGUUGCAAUUCCAGAUUUUAUACCCGGAAAGAAUAUGUUUGUCACCAGUUGUAUCAUUGUCAUCUACUUCACUGUAUUCCUCCAGGGAAUUACACUGAAACCAAUUGCCGAAUUCCUACAAGUUGAGAAAAAGAAUGUUCACUCAAAGAACAUGAUUGAGCAUAUUUACAGCGAACUUAUCGACACGACUAUGGCUGGAAUGGAAGACAUUGCCGGUUUCAAGGGGCAUCAUUGGAUUCGUGAUUCGUGGAAUGCACUCAACAAUAAUUAUUUGAGACCAAUUUUAGUUAAUAAGAACAAUAUGAAGGAGAUGGAUAAGACUAAAUUGGUCAGAAAGUACAAGCAUUUGGUUGAUGAAGAUGCAAAGAAGAUUGCACGUGGAGAUUUAAAUAGUAAUAUGGUAUUUACAAAAGCUCUUAUUGAACAUACAAGAAGUCGAACAAAUACAAUGAUCGAUGGAGUAAGUUCGACUAGUAAAAUAGAUUUCACCAAACACAUGAAAGAGAAUUUUGGAGUAACAGUCUAUGAUGAUCAUAGUACUGUACCUAUGACACCAACUCAUUUAUUCCAAGAAACAACUGAAGUUGAAUAUUCGGUUCGGAGCGAAAUCAACGACAAUGAUGGAUUUGAAAACGAUGGGUAUGAAUCGGACGAAUCAGGAAGCUUCCACGAAAGAGUAUAGGUUUUUUACCUUAAUUUACAAUUUCUUUCUGUUUUAAACUAGUCUCAAAUAGGUAGACUGUGUUUUCUCAAUAAUGUACAUUCAUCGAAUGAAAUUUCUUUUUUUUCUG